AUGGCUGCAGCUCCGCCCGCAAACGCUUCCCGUUCAAACCACGCGCGACUUGCAGCACAAGCACCAUGCCGCCCUGCUUCCCGCUCGUGCGCAGCAAUGCGCGCAUCCCUUUCAAAGCGCGUGCGUCCGAAUAAGCGUCGCCGCCGCCGUUGCGUGUGCCCUCACCCCGACGCGCCGUGCCUCCCUCCCCCUUCCCCCGCUCUCCCUUGCGCGCGCCCGUCGCCGCCGCACGUAUGGACAGCGCUCGUGCCCCCGCCGCGUUCUAGUCGCGUGGCGGACGCUUCCCCGCCGCGACCCGGCUUGCAGCAGCAGCGGGAUGGGGAGCUGGGGCGCGCUGUUGUCGCCGCUGGCGGAGCGUGGCGGCGGCGGGGCGCAGGCUACACAAACUCAUAG